GAACGAACGAUAAAAGGCUUCACUUUCCAUAUAUUCACCGUAUAGAUCUUGUGGCAUAUCUGUAUCUUAUUUUCUGUAUAUUUAACUCGAGAACCUGUUGGCUCCCAUUAUGGCAGACCCCACUCUAUAUACUUACCCCUCCCCACUCGAGGGUUAUCGCGACCUCCCACCCCUUCCAAAUGAUAUUUCUGAGGACGGAAAGAGCUUCAAGAACCCAUCGACUGGAAAGCUUAGCGAUAGCUAUACCAAAUUCACUGCUCCGCUGAAAAAUGGAAAGGAUGCUGCAUUUGAUGUACAUAUAUACUACUUCCAGAGCAAUGAUUACCAAGUCAAAUUUGCGACAGAAUUGUGGGAACGCAUCCGCCGCGAAUUCCCUGAACUCCGCAUCUACAAAAUAUGGGACAAGCCCAUCGGGCCCCAUCCCAUUGCGAUGUUCGAGGUAAACCUCUUCACGCCCGCACAGUUCGGAGCCUUCGUUCCUUGGCUGGUGAUCAACCGCGGUCCCCUGAGCGCACUGGUGCAUCCGAACACCAAGGAGAUUGUGGACGGGAAGGAUGUGAGCGAUGAGGAGAGAGACCAUACGCAGCGGGCAACAUGGAUGGGAGAGCCUGUGCUGCUCGAUUUGAGCAUUUUUAAGCGUAUGAAGGCCGCCGCCAGGGCAAAGGCAGCGGCAGAGGCAAAGGCAUAGGAAGCGCGGUCUUGGAUAUGUGUCUGCCCUCCAAGCUGUACCUAGGCUAAAUAGUCGUUCAAUGUG